UUUCUUCUUCCUCCUCUUUUACUUCAUUUCUUGGAUCAUCACUUCAUUCAUUGCCAAAUAUCAAUACCAAAAGACUAUCUUCUUCGACUCCAGCUCGUGUCAAAUUCCGACAACUCAAACUUGUCGCCGCCUAUACCACCUCUGUUUGUGCUAACAUGGCUUCAUCUACAUCACUACACGAGGUUUUGGGGAUUCCGAUGAAUGCCACCAGCAACGAAAUCAAGGCAGCGUACCGAAAAUUGGCGAGGACGUGUCAUCCUGAUGUGGCAAUGGUGAAUCGGAGAGACAAGUCGGCCAAUGAAUUCAUGAAGAUUCAUGCCGCUUACUCGACCCUGUCAGAUCCAGAUAAACGUGCCGUUUAUGACCGUGAUCUUUUUAGGUUACGUCACAGGUUUGGCUCUUCAUCUGCCACGUUAGCUGCCAUGGCGACUGCCACGUCAAUGUCGGAAUUUUCGGGCCAUUAUCCACGCCGAAAUUGGGAGUCCGACCAGUGCUGGUAGUGGUAUAGAAUGACAUUUUUUCUAACAGCAAGACACUGUGUUUUUGGAAUUUUUUAUUUUUUAUUUUUUUAAAUUUUUAGUAUUGCCUUGGUAUAGUUUUUCUCUAGUGGAUUUUGUCGUUUUUAUAUUUAUUUUUGUACAGAUUUGUAGUGUUUGUAGAAGACUUGAACAGGAUUCUGUGGCAUUAUUAUAUAUAUAUAUAUAUAUAUUAUUAAAUUA